CCCGACCGCACACAUUUGCAAUUUACCAUCUUAGGGUUUCUCUGAUUUGCUUCUCUUCUGCUUCUUGUGAUUUUGGAGAGAGCAAAGGUCUAUACUGUCUCUUCCUCUUCCUGGGUGUUGUUCGGCUUCCUCUCUCUAGUUCAACACGUAACUAUCUCUUAUCUCCUAUCUUUUUCUUUUCGUUUCUUGGUAUGGUAGAGUUAUGUCUUUUACUGGUUUGAGCAUAUCAAGCUGAGAACAGAACUUCUGGGGUCAUUUUCAUUCUGUUAUGGAAAUAAUUUAGGUUUGAGCUAGAUAAUUUGGUGAUAUUGUCUGCGGAUUGGUUUAAGUUUUCGUGGGAGAGUGGCUUUGCUGCUGUAAUUCGGGGUUCUGAUUUGGUUUGACUUGGAUCUGGGCUUGAUAUUUGAGUUUUUGCUGAACCAUCUCGGGUUUCUUUGUUUGGAUAGAGCAAAGGGAUGCAAAUUCAUUUUAUUGGCUCUGGUGGGAUUUAAUAUGUUCUGUGCUUUGAAUUAUGGUUCACCACUAGGAUUCUCCGCUUGAAAUCUGAUGGGUGUCAUUUUGAAGCUUAUGCAUGGAUUUUUCUAACCGCUUGUGUUCAGAAUGAAAUAGUUGGAUUGUUGAAGCAACAGGUGUUUUGAUUCUGACAUUAUAUUUGAUUAUCCAUGUUACUGGAAAAGAUUGUUGCUACUGGUGUUUGAGCUUGAAUUCUUGAAGCUUUGGGAAUCUUUUUGAGCAUUGAGUGCUUGGAAGUUUUUAUUGUUCAAUAAACUGUCGGUGUGAAUUCGGUUUGGCUUCCUGAAAUGGAUAAUUCAAAAAAUAGGCACACUGAUCAUUUGGGUGUGAACAAGAUUGGGAAGAACAUAAAGAAGAGUCCAUUGCACCAACCUAAUAUUUCGAAUAAUGGUGCUAGGCAACAACCUCAUCCUCAGGUUUAUAACAUAAGCAAGAAUGAGUUCCGGAAUAUUGUUCAGCAGCUUACUGGUUCCCCAUCCCAAGAACCGUUACCUAGGCCUCCUCAAAAUCCACCUAAACCCCAGAGUAUGCGGUUGCAGAGAAUCAGGCCCACCCCGUUAACACAAAUCAAUCGACCCCAAAUGCCCCCUCCAAUACCUGUCCCAGCACCACCUAUGCCUCCACCUCCAGCUGCUUAUAACAAUAGCUUAGUGAGGCCUGCUCAAUUUGGACAGCCAUCACCCUCAAUGAUGCCACCAAUGAUACCAGGGGAGUCAGUUUGGACAAAUACAGCUGAAUCUCCCAUCUCGGCCUAUGUGCGGUACCUUCAAACUUCCAUUAUGGAUCCCGGUCUAAAUGGAAACCAAGCUCAGCCACAAUCUCAAUUACCUAUUCAACCCCAAUUUCUAGGUCAAGUUCAGAAUCAGCCACCAUCUUCUGCUCUUCUUCCUAAUCCACAUGUGCCUGCACUCCUCUCGCCCAGACUGAAUGGUCCUGUCCAACCUAUGCCCAAUGUCCCACCUCCACAGAUGAAUGGUCUUGUUCGCCCUUAUCCUAAUCUUCCUUCACCACGAAUGAAUGGUCCUGCCCUUCUACCCUCACCAACUUCUCAGUAUCUUUUGCCAUCACCAACGCCGUACAUGAAUCUGUUGUCCCCACGGUAUCCUCUACUUUCACCUGGAAUUCAAUAUCCUCCUCCAUUGACACCCAAUUUCGCAUUUUCACCCAUGGCCCACUCAGGGAUUUUAGGUCCUGGGCCCCAGCCGCCUCCAUCUCCAGGCCUCGUGUUUCCGUUUUCACCUUCUGGGUUUUUCCCCAUCUCUAGUCCAAGAUGGAGAGAUCAAUAGUCCAAGACAUAAAAUUUUCAUGUUUACAGUUCCAUAUGAUCGGCGAAGAGCUGUACCUUCUUUGCUGAUUCAUUUGUUUUCCUGGAGCUUCAUUUUGUGAAAAUCUGUAUAUUGAUAGUCUAAAAGGGUCCUCCAAAAAUCUGUAUUUUCUUCACUCGCGUUUGUUUACUAUUUUUUCUCACUUUUGUGGUUCCUUUCUGCAACUUGUAUUGGGUUUAGUUUUUGUUACAGCUGGAACAUUUUAUAUUAGGGAAGUUGGUUUUUAGGAGAUGUAGACUGGAUAAUUCAACUGGACACAUGGGGAGGAGCUGUAAACAGAAUGAAAGUCAAAAGAGCUGUAACCUGAAGGAGUAGGCUUACGAACAUCAGAUUUCUAUAUGUAGGCAGUCUAGCGGAAUUAGUCAUGUGUACUAAUGUGGAUUUAACCAGAGUUUUUGCAAGUUAAAUUUUCAGCUUGAUUAUCUUUGAAACUUUUUUCCCAACUUAGUCUUUUUUUUUCUUCAACUUGGACUGCAUUGUGCAAAAUGAAGGAUUGAUACUUCCAAAAGAUGUUGAGAAACUUGCCAAGAUGUUCUAAGCCCCUGUUGUUUUUUCAAUUUUACUACUCUAAUUGAUUUGAAACAUGAAUGAAGCAGAUAUUUGUUAA